AUGUUACCGGAAAAAUCUGUUAAUUCAUCAUGGGUUUUCCGGUCUACGAUACAGUGGUCUUUUAGGGUUUUGAUGUUUGCUGUUGUUGUUGGAUUAAUGAUCUUCUGGGGUAUCGAUGGCUUCGAUGUUAGUGAUUUCCACAAAGAUUUUGUUAUGAAGUUGGAUGUUAAUCUUGGGAAAGGUCUAAAGACUUUGAACUACACUAACCGUGCAGAUUCAGAUUCGGCACCCACACCAACACCCCCUUUGGAUGUCAAUUUGACUAAUCCGGCUGAAGCUCACCAAGAUUCACCGGCAAAUGUCAUCGGAAAACCAAAACCGGUGAGUUUGGAGUGGGUUUCGGCUGAGCUAGACUCCAACUACUCGUCGAACCUACUGGUACGGUGGAUGGCACCCGGCGGCGAGCCAUGUAAAGAUUCAAGCACAGAGGGUAUAUUGAUCCAGGGUUUGGAUGAUAAUAAUAAGAUCGAGUUAUCUUCUGGGGACAUCCACACUUAUGUAAUCCAAACAUUGGAUGGUUCCGGUAAACCGCGUUGUUUAGGUGGUGAUUAUUUCGAAACCGAUCUCUCGGGUGACACCUGGAAAUCUCGUCCCCCAAUCAAGGAUUUUGGUGAUGGUAGAUACUCAUUUUCUCUCCAAGUUCAUCCCGAGUUUGUCGGUGACUAUAAUCUCACAAUAGUUCUAUUGUUUAGACACUACCAGGGCUUGAAAUUCUCGCCGGAGCGAUUCGCAGUUGAUAAGGUUCUUAGAAUAAUUCCGAUUAGUUUCAAGAACAACUCAACCACGUCCGGUCAGUUGCCCGAUUUAAGAGUAUGUAACAAAAAGUCUGAUUACGCGAGGGAUGUCUGGGCAGGUCGCUGGACCCGACACGGGAAGAACGAUAAGUGUGAGAUCAGCAACGACGGCCGGUACCGGUGCCUCGACUACAACUACCCGUGUCAGAAUCCAUGGUGCCACGGACAUCUGGGAUCCAUCGAGAGCAACGGCUGGGUCUAUUCGACCCAUUGUUCAUUCAAGCUGUUUGAUUCCAAAUCAGCUUGGAAUUGUUUAAAUAAUCGUUGGCUCUUCUUCUGGGGCGAUUCGAAUCACUGUGAUACGAUUCGGAACAUGCUUAAUUUCGUCUUGAAUCUGGAAAUGGCGACUGUUCCACGGCUGUUCGAUAUGAACAUUACAAACCCUAAUAACAAGAUACAGUCGCUUCGGAUCACCAGCGUUUUCAAUGGUCACUAUAACCAUACCGGGAACUAUCAGGGCCUGAAUUCGCUCUACAAUGAUGCUUACAGAGACUACCUGAAGCAGUAUUUUUCCGGCGACAUUGUUCCCGACACAUUAAUCAUGAAUUCCGGGUUACACGAUGGGGUUUAUUGGCCUAACUUGAGAAGAUUCACAAAGGGUGCUCAGGAUGCUGCUUCAUUUUGGGCGGAGGUUCUUGACGGGGUGAGGCGGAGAAAUAUUGUGGGACCGGAGGUUAUAUACAGGACCACCGUGGCUACCGGUGGAUAUGCACGGAGAUUGGUGUUCAAUCCAAACAAAAUGGAAGCUUUCAACGGUGUUUUUCUGGACAAGCUGAGGCAGUUUGGAGUGAUUGAUCAUGUGGUGGAUCAUUUCGACAUGACUUAUCCUUGGCAUUAUGAUAAUCGGUGCAAUGAUGGCGUACAUUACGGCAGAGCUCCGGCGAAGAUGCGGUGGAGGGACGGUGAGAUUGGGCACCAAUAUUUUGUUGACCUGAUGCUGUGUCAUGUGCUGCUGAAUUUACUGUGCGCAAGAUAG